AUGACUCCACCGCUGCCGCCACCACCACCACCACCAUCAUCAUCAUCAAAAAGAACUUGUAGACACCAAGAAACACAUUUGCCAGAUGAGUGUUGGGAAUUAAUUUUGAAACACAUCAGCGACCAUCUAGAUCACGAAUCACUCUCCCUCGUCUCACGCCAGCUCCUUUUCCUUACCAACCGCCUCCGCACCGACCUCUCCGUUCUCGACCCUGUCCCCCCUCUCCUUCCCGCCCUCUUCCGCCGUUUUCCCAACCUCACGACCAUCAAAAUCACGCGCUACUUCACGGGUGACAUCAACGCGCUCCUCUCCCAAAUCGCUUCGCUCGACCUACCCUCACUCCAUUCCCUCGACUUGUCUCACCAACCCACGUUCCCCUCACAUGGGUUGCGACAAUUCUCCCAAAAGUUUCCAACUUUGAAGUCACUCAACUGUUCCUUCAUGCCUCAGGAUUUGGGCUUAAUUGUCGAGUGCUUCCCCAACCUCGAAGAAAUCGAUGUGAGUUCCCCUCCGUACAAAUGUGAUGAGAUAACAGAUUAUUCCGGUGUAAAGGCCUUUGUUUCUGGGCUUAAGAAGCUUAGAAAGUUGAAUAUUUCAGGUAACCGUGAAUUUCGGGAUUCUUUUAUUGUCACAUUGUGUCAGAAUUGUCAUUUUCUAGAAGAGCUUAUUUUUCUUGAUACCUGCGGUCGUCCUCAGAUUGCCAAUGCGAUGCGUCAGAGACCCCAAUUGAGAUCUUUGGCUUUUAGCGGUUUGUACCAUAGAUUUUCGGAGUUUAUUGAUGCAUUGGUGAAUUUGAAGGGUUUGACUUGUCUUGAUUUGUCUUAUUGCCGUGUAUCUGAUGAGGUCUUGUGUGCUGUUGCGGAAGAAGGCCUUCCCUUGAGGGAACUCUCUCUGCAGUCUUGCAAGGGAUAUGGAUACGAUGGGAUUUCUUGUUUACUAAGAAAGUGUAAUAAUUUACAGUAUUUGGAUAUUGAGAACACAGAGUUUCUGAAUGAUCAGUGUGUGAUUGAGUUGUCUUUGCUUCUUGGUAAUUUGAACUCUGUGAAACUUAAUAGGAAUAAAAAGCUUACUGAUUUGAGCUUGUUAGCCAUUAUGCGAAACUGCCCUCGGAUAACGGAUAUCAGGAUGGAGACAACUAGUCUUGGGAAGCAGAAGUUGGAGGAGGAGGAUUGUUUGAUUGUGAAUUCUCAUUUAAAGUUUCUCUAUUUGGCUCAGAAUUCAUGGUUGGAUGAUGAAACUGUCACUAUGCUUGCUUCUGUAUGCCCCAACUUGGAGAUGAUGGAUUUGAGCUAUUGUGGGAUGGUUUCAAAGGGUGCUAUUGAAGUUUUGUGGAGGUGUUGUAAGAUUCAGCACUUGGACUUAGCUUAUCUAGGAUAUAGGCUGUGUCAGUUUCAGUUUAAGGUUAACUUCGAAGUUCCUACAUUGUUUGUGUUGAAUUUGUCAUCGUCGAGAAUUAGCAAUGAAGAACUCUCUCUUAUUUCAAAAAGUUGUUACAACUUAAGAGAACUCAAAUUGGAAUAUUGUGACAAAAUCACAGUCAGUGGAGUAAAGCUGGUGGUGAAAAAUUGCAAGCAACUAAGAAUGAUAAGUUUGUAUUCUUGUGAAAAUGUAUCUUCUGAUGUCAUUGCUUGGAUGGUAUUGACAAGGCCAUCGUUGAAAAAAAUAACAUAUGCUAGUGGUGCUGUUGUUGGCAAGAGAGAUCUCUUACUGAGUCAUGGAUGCUUUGCUCGCUGGGAUUGGCUAGGAUCUAAGUUAAUUUAA